CGGCAAAAAGGCACCGAGGCUUGCCAAGCAACACAACACAACACAACACAACACAACACAACACAACACAACACAACACAACACAACACCCCUGCCAAGACGAACGAAGCAUGGCGGCGACCCAGAAGCGAGGGACGGCCUCCGUCGCACAAGGCGGAGGCGGAGGGAGCGAUUGUCAUCCAACCACCACCACCACCCCCGCCGUACCGGGCCAAGCACGACAAAAGGGGCCCCCGUACCGCUACGUGGCCACCGGCGUCGUGGCCAACGCCCGGCUGUCCCCGCUGCUCCCGGGGGACUGGGUGGACGCCACCUUUGGGAAAAGCACCGGCGGCCCGGGCGAGGAGAGCACAAGCAACCCCGGGAACGAGAACGAUCCAGGGGUCCCCGACUUUUUGUGGGAGAACGCUCCCCGCCACGAAACGAGGGGGAUCCGCGACGAGGUAAGGGUCUACUCCCACCUUCCCAACGGAAUCAACAUUCUCGAUUCGAAGUGGGUCCUGGGCCGGCUCUUUGCGGAGGCCAAGAACGAAAACGACAACGACGAGAAGGACCCCCUCCUGGCGACGUGCGAGACCCACUGUUUUUCCGGCCUCGACGGCUAUCGGGAGUUUUCCCGGUCCGUGGAUCUCCUCCCCGAUUCCCACUCGGACACGGGCGACGACAAUGGCAACAGCGACGGCAACAGCGACGGCAACAGCGACACCGAUCCGGGCACGCGGGACCAACAACUCCGCCGGCACCGGGAGCUGGAGGAAGCCAUCCGCACCCUCCCCGACAUUGCCGGGGGCCUUUCGGCGCGGCAACCGGAGGCCGCCUCCGUCCGGCGCCCGCCCCCCGCAACGAUGAACUGGUGGGUCGUCAAGGACGCCGGGGCCAACGGGGCCGGCGGCGUCUGGGUGGUCGGGCCAAGCAACGCGGGGAGCUUCGGGGACCCCUCUUCCUCGCCGAUGCUCCCCUCCCACCGGUACGUCGCGCAGCAGUACGUCUGGCCCCCCGUGCUCUACGCGGGCAAGAAGUGCCACGUCCGGGUCUACGCCACCAUCACCUGCGACGGCCGGGCCUUUGUCCACAGGCGGGCCUUUCUGCACGUGGCCAACGACCCCUUCGGACCGGGCGAAAGAUCGAGCCCCACCAAAGGCGGGGGGGCUGCCGAGGGCUUCGACGACUGCGUCCACAUCACCAACUGCUGCGCCAAUAGCCACGACGGCACCAAGUUUGCCGGGGAAAUCCUCGCCGAUUUUGGCGAGACCGAGUACACGACCUGGAGAGGGGACGGACGAGGCGGUGGCGACAGCGACAGCGACAACGACAACAACAGCGGCAACCACACAAUCGACCAGCCGGUGGUCCCGCUGGCGGACUUUUUUCCCUCCGUGAAAGCGACGGUUGCCGCCGUGGUCCGAAAGACCUUUCGGCUCGGUUUGCUGGACGGGGGGGAGAAAAACCGCGGCUUUGAGUACUGCGGCAUGGAUUUCAUGCUUUCCUACAGGGAAAAAGAGGCCGACGAGAACGCCCGGGGCAACCACAACAGCAACAGCAACCCAACACUGCAACCGGUCGCAUACCUGCUGGAAAUCAACUCGCCGCCGAGCCAAGACACGGCUUCGUCGCUGCCCCAUGCGGAACACCUCCACAACGAGGUACUGAGGGACUGGAUGAACGGCUGGGUGGUGCCCAACAUCGACGCCACCUUUCCCAUCCGUCUUGGGGGCUGGCAGCCCUGUGGGGCAGGGCACGCCUCGGACCCGUUGGCGGCCCGCACCACCGACAGAAACAGCAACAACAACAACUGCAACGACCGGGACGACAUGAUCGCGCCGUCCAAGGCCGCCGUUCUGAACAAGAUUCGGUGGGCGCUGUUCGAGCGAAAGAUACAAAAACGAGAAUCCUUGUCGCAAAGGCGAAGGGAGGCCAACGCCGCAAACGGGGACGACGACCGCCACCACGGAAACGAAAACGAAAAGGGUACGCCGCAACGAAACGAUGACAAGCGCAGCGCUGGCUUUGACGAUCCUUCCGCGAACCGCACGAUCGCGAUCGAAUUCUCAAAAUUUGCACGUUCUCAAUUUCCUUUCUUUCGAUACGGAAUGUCCUGCCACCGCACCCAACCACCACAACUACAACCACAACACCACGCGCCAACGCAAUCGCAGCAGCAGCAACAGCAACAGCAACAGCAGGUUUUCUUUGAGAACGCCGGUGGGGCCCAGGUCCCGGGGGCCGUCAUCGAUCGCGUAAGCGCGUCGCUGAUGCGGCGGCACCGGGAGACAAUCGGAUCCGAAACCAAGACCGCCGCCCGCGAAACGCUCCGGAGGCUCCUGGUCGGCGGGGAAGAACGAACCAAGGAAUCCUCGUCGUCCUCCUCCUCCUCGGCCGUCGUCCUCGGGCUGAACGCCACCAGCCUCCUGCGAUCGCUCGCCGGCCGCUACGCCUCGUCCGUCCUGGAGCCCACCGACGAGGUCCUGGUCAGCACGGAAAACCACCUGGCGAACUUCGACCCGUGGAUCGCGGCCGCGGAGGCCGCCGGUGCCACCGUCCGGCUCUGGGCGCCCCUCCAAAGGCCGGAGGGCGAUCCCCCCCACGGGCACGGGCACGGGCACGCGGUGUCCUCGAACAACCUGGAGGACCUCGUCGGCCCGCGGACGCGGAUCGUGGCGCUUCCGCACGCGUCCAACGUCCUGGGCGCGGUCCGGCCGAUCGAAGCCAUCUGCGCAAUGGUCAAGAAGCGCAGCGGGGGACGCGCCCACGUCGUGGUGGACGGCGUGGCGGUAGCUCCCCACGAAUACGUCGGCUUCGACGAGGCCCCCAUGGGAAACGUCGACUGGUACGUGGUGUCGAUGCACAAGCUCUUUGGUCCGCACGUCGGCGUGCUCCUGGGGCGAAAGAGCCAGUCGGUGCGGGAAUUCCUCGAGGCGGUCGACGGCUGCUCUCCCGGCAGCUCUCUGAGGGAGGAAAGGAUACAGGCCGCCAUCGAAUCGGGCACCUCGAACAUCGAGGGCUGCGCGGGAGUGGUCGGGCUGGGCACGUAUUUCAAAGCCCUGUCGAAGUGGUGCCGGGGGCACUCCCCGGGUCCUUCGGAUUCGGCGUGCUGCGACGCCGACGAAACCGAUGGCCUGGUCUCGGUACGGGAAGCCAAACUGGCCUACGCCUUUAUUCGAAGAGCAGAGGCCUCCCUACUCGACCUGUUGUUGCGGCGGCUCUCUCGCUGUCCCCUGCUGAGAAUCAUCGACGGGUCGUCCACUGUUAGUGGCGUCGCGACCGGGGGCUACGGCGAGAGCGUGCGCCGUCUCCCGACGGUGUCCUUUGUCCACGCCGCCGUCCCGUCGCGGGACAUCUACGCGUUCUGCUACCAGAGGGGGAUCGUCUGCCGCCACGGCUUUUUCCUCUGCACGAAGCACCUGGCCGGCGACCUGGGAUUCGGAAACCGAGAGGACGGCGUUCUGCGUGUGUCGCUGGCGCACUACAACACCCCCGGCGAGGUCGAUGCGCUCUGCGACGCGCUGGAGGGCAUGCCCCGCUGGUUCGGAGCGCCGCCAUCGACGCCCUGAUGCCCGGGCGGUCGGACCAAAGCAAUGGUUGUUAGAGAGACCAAACCACUGGGCAGAAUCGUGUGAAC